UUGUCGUAAGUACAUAGUAUUUGUAAGGUGUGGUGUUUUUAGGUUAAGCCGGUUAUAGUUUUACCCAACAUGGAUUUAGAUACCGAUCCACCGGACCCUGGUGGUGGUCUUGUAAAUAGGAAGAGAAAUAAUCAGGACGAUAGUGAGCCUUUAGCGAAAAAGGCGACAAAUAGUACACUUUCAGUGCCUUCAAUUCAGUUCCACUAUGUUAACCCGGAUUUUGCAAACAAAAAGAUUACAGAUGUUGAGUGCUGGGUGUGUUACAUCUGCCACAUGAGACUGCGACAAUGUCUCCAGCUGCAGCAGUUGGCCGUGCAGACACGAGGUCUCAUUGAUGACAUAUUCCAGAAUAAGAUCGACAUAAAGUUUGAUGGAUUUGGUUCUCUGUUGAAAUUAUCAAUUACCAAAAUGAAGAUUGUUUCAAAAGAGCCCCUCUCACUACAAGUCAAACGCGAGACAGACGGAAAGACGGAACAAUAUGAUGACAAUGGCAUCGCAGAGGAUGAAAUACGAGAAAAAAGUAUCAACUAUGAUGAAGAGAAGCCUGUCAUUAAAUCUGAAGGUAUACAGGAAUCAGCAAGUGAUAACGUGAUCCAAAAGUCAAAGGCACCCAAAAACCAAGUAGAGAUAAGUCAAAUAUUAAAUGUGGAAUUUGUGCCGCCGAAUGUGACAUACAAACAAAUAUUUGGUGAAAACAGCACGGAGGAUAUACAAAUAAAACUAGAGAGAAUAGAUGAAAUGGAAUUUACAGGUGUCGACCAUCACAAGGAGCGUGACAGCUGCGGAGGACGAGACGACACUGAAGCGUCCGACGGUCAAAAGAAGCCCUUCAUAUGUCACGUCUGUUUGAAGAUAUUUGCGUGGAAAAGUAAAUUAGUGAGGCACAUGAGGACCCACACGGGCGAGAGACCGUUCACCUGCGACGUUUGCUUCAAGAAGUUCCCUCAGUUGUGCCAACUGAAAUCCCACAAACAGAUCCAUACAGGCGAGAAACCGCACACGUGUGAUAUCUGCUCGAAAACUUUCUCGCAAAAGUCUCAUUUGAACAAUCAUAAACUAACUCACACGGGCGAGAAGCCGUACAGUUGUGUUGUGUGCUCAAAAAAGUUUCCCCGGAAAAGUUCUUUGAUCAAUCACACUCUAAUCCAUACCGGCGAACGGCCGUUGAGCUGUCAAAUAUGCUCGAAAAAAUUCACCCAAACCAGCGAACUGAAUAGACACACGAGAGAACACGAUGGCGUCAAACCGUUCAGUUGUGACGUUUGCUCCAAAAAAUUCACCCGCAAGUCCAACAUUGACAGGCACAUUUUGACCCACACGGGAUACCAACCCUUCGGGUGUGAUAUCUGUACGAAGAGAUUCGCCAGCAAGAGUAGCUUAGAGAAUCACACGUUAAUACAUACGGGGGACAAGAAAUACAUCUGCCACAUUUGCGGCAAGAAAUUCACUAUCCAGCGAUACUUGAAUAUCCAUUUAGAGAGCCAUACGGGUAAAAAGAAAUACAGCUGCGACGUUUGUUCAAAACAAUUCACGCAGAAGAGCAGUUUGAACACUCACAAGCGGGUUCACUAAGCGUCAAACCACUUAUACUAAGGAACGCCUCCGUGGUCCAGUGGUAGUGUGGCUCAUGACUCGGAGGUCGUGAGUUGGAUUCCCGCGUUGGAAACAUGUUAUCUCCAAGUUUGCUUAGGACAGUGCAGCACCUGAUUUGACAAGUAAGAUGAUCCAUGCGUCGGAUGGGCAUGUAAA